AUGGAAUCUUCUCCCGACGAGACAGGCAGCACCGGGCCAAAGGCAACUUGGGCACAUAUUCUGGGCUCCUAUUUUGAAUGCAUACAUUUCAGUGACCUCCUGAGGAUCAUGCUUUACAGCGCCAAGGUGGGUGCAGCUGCACGUCCUCAAGUGGUCCAGGUGCGGUCCAUCCAGUACGGUUUCAAUGACGAAAAGAGAUCCCUCGUUCUUGAUCAAUUGGAGGUCGAAGUCAUUGUGGAUGCUACCAAGAAGACAGUCGUUCAGUAUAUGCAGUAUCCAGAUGUGAUGGUCAUGGAUGGAGGCGCGGAUGCAGUGGAGAGGUUUUCGCCUAUUCCACACACGAUAUCAUGA